CGACACCCAAACCCUAGCCCCCUCGAGACCUCUGCCCCUUGCCCCCUUCCCUCCCUCCCACCUCCGCCGCCACAGCGAAAGUAUGGAGGUCGAAAGGGCAGCGGCCGCCACCGCGGCGGGUGGUUCUUCCGCUGAGAUGGCGGUGGACCACGCCACGGGGCCGGCCGCCGUGGAGAAGCCGCGGUUCGAUGCUCUGAUGCCGAGCGAGAUGAGCGGCGGGAAGCCCCAGUUCCGGAAGGUGCCAGUGCCGCAGCACCGCUUCGCGCCGCUCAAGCGCUGCUGGAUGGAGAUCUACACACCCGUCUAUGAGCACAUGAAGGUCGACAUCCGCAUGAACAUCAAGGCAAGAAGGGUGGAGCUCAAAACAAGGAAAGACACACCAGAUGUGAGCAACCUUCAGAAAUGUGCGGACUUUGUGCAUGCUUUUAUGCUUGGAUUUGACAUUGCCGAUGCUGUCGCCCUGCUGCGUCUUGAUGACCUUUAUGUGGAUUCCUUUGAGAUCAAGGAUGUGAAAACCCUUCGAGGUGAGCACCUGUCGCGCGCUAUCGGCCGCCUAUCAGGGAAAGGGGGCAAGACCAAAUACGCCAUCGAGAACUCCACCAGGACCCGAAUCGUUAUUGCUGAUACAAAGAUCCAUAUACUUGGAUCCUUUGUUAACAUCAAGGUUGCUCGGGAUUCACUUUGCAGCCUCAUCUUGGGUUCUCCUGCUGGCAAAGUGUAUUCUAAGCUUAGGGCUGUAUCUGCUAGGUUGGCGGAAAGGUAUUGAGUUAAAUGGGUAUUGUCGCAACAUGUAUCGUUGCAGUUUUGAUCACAUAAUAUGUUGUCAUAGCUGAUUUGUGUGAUGGGGCUGGUGCUAUUUAUUGUAUCCUUCUGAGAGCAAACUAUAUUAUGUCGAGAGGUUUUAUAUCUGCCUUGUCUACUGGUGCACUUGUCCAUCUGCUUAUAUCGCCGAAGCACUCGAGCUGUUACUGCA